UGUAAAGCCUAUGAGUCGGUUAUUGCCUUCUUGGAAUGUACUUAACGUAUGAGAUAGCAUGUUGUACGCCAGAGUAACAGGUAGGCAUAGAGGCUGACUGGCAGGAGACCAAGGCUAAAAACAGUUGAAAAUUUUUUACAGCCACUGUCCUCAACACAUCAGUCAGAGAGGAUCAUGGGUGGAGCAGUGGUGGAUGACGGGCCUUCUGGGGUGAAGGCACCUGAUGGCGGCUGGGGUUGGGCGGUGUUGGCUGGCUGCUUUGUCAUCACUGGCUUCUCCUACGCCUUCCCCAAGGCCGUCAGCGUCUUCUUCAAGGAGCUGAUCCGAGAGUUUGGCGUCGGCUACAGCGACACAGCCUGGAUCUCAUCAAUCCUACUGGCCAUGCUGUAUGGCACAGGCCCUCUGUGCAGUGUGUUGGUGAACAAGUUUGGCUGUCGACCAGUGAUGAUGGUUGGGGGUCUCUUUGCCUCGCUGGGAAUGAUUCUUGCUUCCUUUGCCACCAGCAUCAUAUACAUCUACCUCUGCACUGGAGUUAUUACAGGUCUGGGUCUGGCAUUGAACUUCCAGCCAUCUCUGAUUAUGCUGAAUCGCUACUUCAGUGAAAAACGUCCUCUUGCCAACGGCUUGGCGGCAGCGGGCAGCCCUGUGGCACUGUGCUGUCUCUCCCCACUGGGACAGAUUCUCCAGGACCAGUAUGGCUGGAGGGGGGGGUUCCUCAUUCUGGGAGGCAUGCUGCUCAACUGCUGCGCCUGUGGUGCCCUCAUGAGGCCGCUGUUGCCCCCUAAGAAGCCCCUGGAGCUGGACGAGAACGCUCUCGCACCUGCAGAGGAGGAGAACAAGAAGAAGCCCCAGCCGAAGAAGAAACUUUUGGACUUCAGCGUGUUCAAGGACAGAGGUUUUGUCAUCUACACCGUAGCAGCAUCCAUCAUGGUGCUGGGCUUGUUUGUGCCCCCCGUGUUUGUGGUCAACUACGCUAAAAGCCUUGGUAACGAGGACACUACCUCAGCACUGCUGCUCACCAUCUUGGGAUUUGUUGAUAUGUUUGCUCGGCCUGCAUCGGGACUCAUAGCAGGAAUGAAGUGGGUCCGACCAAGAAGUGUCUACCUGUUCAGCUUUGCUAUGAUCUUCAACGGGUGCACCGACCUCAUAGGAUCACAGGCGAAUACCUACGUGGGUCUGGUGGUCUUCUGUGUCUUUUUUGGCAUGUCUUACGGCAUGGUGGGAGCCCUGCAGUUCGAGGUCCUCAUGGCUAUUGUAGGGACAGAGAAGUUCCCCAGUGCCAUUGGCCUGGUGCUGCUCAUGGAAGCCAUUGCUGUGCUAGUGGGACCUCCUGGAGCAGGUCGCCUCUUGGAUGCCACUCAGAAUUACAUGUACGUCUUCCUGCUGGCAGGCUGUGAGGUCACGCUGUCGGCCAUUGUCAUAGCCUUGGGUAACUUCUUUUGCAUAAGCAGGAAACAGGAAGAUCCAGAGGCUAAGUUGGAGAUGGCAGUGACUGCUUCGGAGAAGGAGGGGCUGAACCGUGCGGUGGACACUGAGGAAGACGGCGAAGGUGAAGAUGGGCCAAAGGGAAGAGAGAACGGAAAAGUCAGUGCCGUGAAAGCAGAGGAGGAGGUGAUGAUGGAGAAGGAGACGGGGGAGGACGGUACAGGGGAGAACACUGAGACGUCUUUAUAAAGAAUAAAACCAGUGAUGAGAAAAGACAAACUGUGCAGCAAGAGCACACACGUUAAAAGUACUGAUGGUGGUGUAUGGCAAACAGAUGUGAGGAGCCACAUAGAAAGUGAGGAGGAACAAAGCAGGGGAUAAAAGAAAGCUGAUAUUACCCUGAAAAUGAGAAUCACAGUUUGAUGUUACGGAUACAAGGCAGAGAACUGUUUUCACUCGAAGUUGCUCUAAUGCAACAUGUUGAACAGAUUCUUGAACAUUGCUGUUAGAGACACCAUAUACUCUACAUGCUCAAAAUCCAGCCUUCCCCUUGGGCAUCUAAGUGUCAUUGACAACAAAUACCAGCUGAGUGAGCUAACUCCUCUGUACUGGUGUGUGCUCUGCCACACACUGCAAAGAAAUGGAUCUCCAGUUUGUUGUGUACCUUUUUCAGAACAGACUUUCUCAGUCAAGCUUGAUGAUUCCAACCAAUCCACUUCCUGCCAUUUUCUGGAGCUUUCAAUCAUAUCUCUCAGCCUUCGCCAGCAGGUGGAGCUUCUUCAGGUGUCAUCAUGAAAUCUACUCUGUGUGUGU